AUCUAAUAACCGCUUGAUUCUUCGUAUUAUUUAUCCAAUGGUUUAUCUUAGUCGGAGUCGGAGCUCAAAAUUCCCGGAAACCUACUCUCCUACCUGCCGUCGCCGACAACUUGCUUCGAAGACUCAUCGAUCGGAAAAGUACCCUAGGUUCCGAGUUCGGUGUUUUGAAUUUCAUUCUAUAUAAGGAGUUGAAACUUUUAGAAACCAUUUCCUUUCCAAGUGAUUAGUGAAAAACUCACACUUCUCUUCACUGGUGCUACUGUUCUCAUUCUCUAUGGAUUCGUAAUUUCCUCUUUUAUAGUUUCAAUUUGACGAAUUAUUGCAGAAGAAGAAGAAAAAGGAAGAUAGGUACCUGCAUUACUUCCCUUGAUAGUUCAUUACGACUUCUCAGGUGCGCGGAUUUUGUUGAAUCAAUUUUGGGCUAUUGCUGAUUUUCAAUCCUAGGGUUUGUCUCUAUUCAAUCAAUCAGGAAGUGGAUAAACAUUUCCAUUGUUAAGUUUACUGUGUUAUAUUAGCCGCCCAGAAAAUCUAUUUUCGUUUUUAUUCAGCUAGUGUGCUUCAUGCUCUUGCAUAUUCAGAAGAGUUCUAAGGGCAUUUGGGGUGUUCUUGAUCGUUGUAAAUCAUUUGCCUAUUUUCAUGUAUCCUCUCAACGCUGUUCCGAUGCCCUCUCCCCUGCAAAUAUUUUGUAUCCGCUGGAACCUAAUAUCUCUGUAGGAGCUAGAGAUUUGCAACAAAGAGUACCAUCUGAAUUUCAGAAAAAAAAAUCAGAUAUUGACUUCAUCAUUGCUAAAGUUCAAGUGGGUAGCAGCGAGGAUGAGGUUUUUCAGUCUCUUUUGCAAGAUCCAGUGUGUAACAGCAUACAACUCUCCCAUGAUCUUGUUUACAAGUUGCUCCAACGAUUCAAAGAUGAUUGGAAAUCUGCUUUGGGUGUUUUUAGAUGGGCAGAGUCACUCUCUGGAUUCAAGCACACACCAGAUUUAUAUGACAUUUUAAUCGAUACAUUGGGAAAAACAAAGCAAUUGGUUAAGAUGAGAGGUAUGCUUGAAGAAAUGAAGGAAGCUCGUCUUGUGACACUUGAUACUGUAGCUAAGGCCAUGCGAAGGUUUGCUGGUGCUGGACAAUGGGAAAAUGCUGUUAGGAUAUUCGAUGAUUUGGAAACUUAUGGAUUGGAGAAGAACACCGAAUCAAUGAAUGUGUUGCUUGAUACUCUGUGCAAAGAGAAGAAGGUUGAGAAAGCACGACAGAUGUAUUUGGAACUCAAAUCACAUAUUGCCCCGAAUGCAAACACGUUUAACAUGUUCAUUCAUGGUUGGUGUAAAGUUAAUAAGAUUGAUGAAGCCCAUUGGACGUUAGAAGAGAUGAAAGGUUACGGUCAUCGUCCUUGCGUUAUUAGUUAUUCAACGAUUAUCCUAUUUUAUUGUCAUCGUUGCAAUUUUAAUAAGGUUUAUGAGUUGCUGGAUGAAAUGGAUGCUCAAGGAUGCCCUGCAAAUGUUAUCACUUACACCACUAUCAUGUGCUCACUAACAAAGUCGGAAGAAUUCGAGGAAGCUCUGCAAAUUGCUGAAAGAAUGAAAUCUGCUGGAUACGAACCCGAUACACUAUUUUAUAAUUGUUUGAUCCACACAUUGGGGAGAGCAGGUAAGGUACGGGAAGCUAUUCAUGUAUUUGAAGUUGAAAUGCCAAGCAAGAGUGUUUUACCAAAUACAUCAACCUACAAUUCUAUGAUAGCCAUGUACUGUCGUCGUGCACGAGAAGAAAAGGCUAUGAAACUACUUGAGGAGAUGCAGAAAUCAGAGCAUUGUAAACCUGAUGUCCAGACAUAUUACCCAUUGCUUAAAUCCUGCUUUAGAACUGGAAAGACAGACUAUGAUCUAAGCAAUUUAUUGGAUGAGAUGAUAAAUAAACAUCACCUGAGUCUUGAUAUUUCAACCUAUUCCCUUUUAAUUCAUGGUCUUUGUAGAGCGAACAAGUGUGAUUGGGCUUACCAGUUAUUUGAGAAGAUGAUUAGUCAAGAUAUAAAGCCAAGGUAUCUUACAUGUCAACUGCUUUUGGAUGAAUUUAAACAGAAGAAUAUGGAUGGAGUUGCUGAUAGGAUUGAAGGUAUUAUGAAGAAAUUGUGAGCUUACAAGUAACAAACCUUUGUGGUGUGGAAAAUGCAAGUCUACAAUUCUGGAUUUGCAUCACACGAUCGUCGUAUGAAGUUGACUGUUCGUGAUGUCGUUGAGUGUCGUCUCGAUUUUAAUUUGGUUGCAUGAGAGGCCAAUGUUUUUAUCACUUCCUUUGAAUCUGGAAGCACAAGAAGUGUUGGUUUUGAGAGGAAGUUAAUCUAGGCUAUACUACUACAUCGUCAAUCAUGAGUUGCCUUACUAGUAAAAAAACGAAAGGACAAAAUCUCAGUAAAUGGUAAAAAAGUUAUUGGUUCAAUUCAUGGUAUUAUCUUGGAUUUAAUUUCCUACGAGUUGUUUUAGUCUCGUUAAUAUCAAAAAUUGUAACCAUAGUAUAAAACUCUAAAUUGUAGCCAUAGUAUAAACGUAGAGUUUUAAUUUUUAUC